AUGCAGGGCGAAACAUAUCAGGCGCUGGCCGCUGAAAUAAUCCGGAUAGUGGAAAGUCCUUAUCCAACACAAUUCCUGGAUCUACGCCAACUCAUAUCUGAUGAAGCCGAUAUCAAAACAUGGGCGGCAUCGAAUCAUUGCAUUAUAGAUCGAUUGGUGGCCUGUCUUUUACAAGGUCUGACGCAAUGGCCAUACGUACUUGAGAUUAUUUCGAAGCUAGCCACCGACAUCAAAAUUCGCGAUGCUUUCCUUCAACAAGAGCCGAGUCUCCUUCCGAGUGCCUUGGCCGAAGCCGUCAAAGCGAAUAGCGUUCCAUCGAGAUAUAGCAAGGCCAGUGUGUCAUUGCUCUCGAAUGCGCUUCCUGAUCAUGUCGCAAUACCGGCCGAGGCGCAGACUCUCUUCGUACGGCUGGUCCAGAACGCUGCUCGGAAACCUUCCGCAACCACGAUUGAGCCUAUAUAUCUGCUUCUGAAAGGCACUGGUCGUCUGCUACUACAGCUUCUGACACCUGAAAUUCUCGGACACUUUCAAGAGACAAUUAUGAACAUUCUCCGAGAAGGUGCAGGACUCUCCGAUCAGUGUUUGAGCCUAUAUUGUCUUUCGAUCAUGACAGUGAUUGCCGCCACAGAGCCUGAUUUCCGACCGACAAGCAGCGAUUCCACGAGCGACUUCCUCUCAGGCACCUCCGGAUCGGGCCAGUGGAAGUCUGAUGUCUUGCAGCAAUUUCUCUCUGGCAACAGAGCGUCGAAGACGGUUCAGCUAGUUGUUCUAGUCGUUCUUGCUGCAACUCGAGGCAGUGAGGCAGGGACGAAUGCGAAUAAAUCCUUGGUCCUUGCAAAUGAAGUCAUCUGCGCCAUACCCGCCGAAAUUCGUGGAAAUUGGUGCGCGGCCAAUGUAGCAGUGAUUCGUAAGUUACAAGAAAAAGCUUGCGCCGGGGAUGUGAGCGAGGUUGCUCAGCUCUUGACGCUACGAUUCAUUGCAAACCUCUGCGGCACUCGCCAGCUGCCCGAGAAGCUAUUUGCUCGAGUAGAGGCGACUUUCACAGAAUACGCCUGUGUUCGCGAGGCAAACAUGCUUCUGAAUCGGAAUGACGGCCUCGAUGCUUUGGCUGACAUUGUUCAUCGUGGCCACAUCAGUAAUCUCAUUUUCUCGGCAAUUAGCUACAUUACGACGACGGAAUCACAAGAUGUCAUCUGCCUUGAUGCUUUCACCGCGAUCUUGCGAGAUGUAUUGACAAUUGGAGUCGAUAAAACUACCGCACAGAAUAUAUUCACGCCUUCACUGACGAAUGGAUUGAUGCGAUUGAAACAGAGCUUGGAUAAUCUCUCUGACCAUUCGAGAAAUCACAGCUCUAGAUUCCCGGCUGUUGCAAACCCUGAACUAUGUAUACAAGCUAAAACGCAAGCUGUUGCAGCAUUGGUACAAACGAUCUGUCGAUUGUUGCUCGAGAUCACACUGGCCGGCAACGGCGCAUCUUCGAUGUCGGCGUCAACGCAAGCACUGGUAUUGGACCUGUUUGGUCAAUCAUCGAAAGAUGACUCAUCAUGUCAGCACAAGAGGCCCGCUGCAUUACGCUCGCUAGAAUACGUCGAGCAGAGUGCCACACAAGAUCUGUCAUCUGCAGACUGGCGUUCGACCCUGAAGGCUCGCUUCGGGCAUGAAGCAGAUGCAAUCAUUCAAAGUGUUAGCAAAGCGUGUGCCGGACUAGAGUCGAGGUGUGAGAAUAUCGAAGCACCUCUGAAAGAAGCGACUGAGAAAUAUCGGGCCCUCGAGCAACAGAACAUGGAGCUUUCUCAAGCAUAUGCUCAAAUGGAAGCCCACAAUAUCGACUAUGGCAUUCAAAACCACGCACUCGAAGACGAGCGAGAUCAAGCUAUUCGCGAGCUCGAGGACAGCCGCAGCACAAACGAGAAGUUGUUGGAGCAGAUUUCGGAAAUCAAGAGCUUGUCUGCAGAUCGAGAAUCAAAUCUCCGCCAGCAGUUUAAUGAUCUGAAAGGCGAAAUGGCUGCGGCAGAUGUGACUCGAUUAGCAGCUCUGUCAAGCAAAGAAAGCGCUUUAGAGGAUUUGCGCGAUCGCGUUGGCCACUUGGAGAAGACUGUUGCCGAGAAGGAUGGUCUAAUUGCAAAUUCACACCGGGCGCUGGAAGUAAUGCAAUCCGAAAGAGCGGCUCUCGAAUCGUCCAGGAGCAAAGCGGUUCAGGACCAUGAGCACUUCGUUGAAGCCAGCAAGCAGGAGAGUGAAACUCUGCGCGAAGCACUGAAAAGAUUGCAGCAAAUGGUAGUGACUCAAGAAAACGACAUGAAGGCAGUGCACAUGAACCUUGAGGCCGUGAGUGCCGAGAGGGAUAGCUUAUCAACGGAUUGCGAAUCAGCCCGACAACAACUUGCUCAGCUUGAGAAUGUACUUUCAGAGGCCCGUCAAGAGAGGCAGACGCUGGAACAAUCACACCAACAAGCCAUCGCGACCACGACCGAGCAAUUCCACGUCCUGCAAAAAGACUUCCUUUCAGCUAAGCAGAAAUAUCAAUCCGAGCUCGAGUCACACAGGACCGUAGUCGAGGAGCUUCAGUCCCACAUCCUUCAUCUUCAGAGCAAAUGCGAGCGGAAAAGCGCGCAGAUCAUCGAAGCCAACGUUCUCCGCAGCAACCUCCUCGCUGCCAUGGGCGUGCCACCUUCCGCGAUGGCCCAGCAAUCAGGAAUCGACACGCCUUAUGCUAUGCCAACAACUCUGUCUCAUCGCUCCCGAUCGCCAUCCCUAUCAUUUGCUCCACAGAAAUCCUCCACAGGCACUCCCCAUCUUCCCGCCCGGACCACGUCCCCAUCGCCCCGAAAUCCCAUCCUCGAUCGCUCUCCGCCCACACCAACCUCUUCUUCCUCUGGCAGGGAGUCGUCUCAUCGCUCCCAUCGACCAUCGUCACAGCAUCCACAGCAAAAAAGCGGCCUCCAGACAAACCCUCCACCCACAUCAUUCGCCUCAACAACCUCCUUCUCCUCCGGCGCCUCCUCAAUCCAACACGGUCCCACACCCAAACGCGCCCGUUCAAGGCGCUCGUCGACCCAGCAACAGCCACAGCAGCAGCCCACGCAGCAUAGGCCACAGAGAGAGCCAGUCUCACCGCUGAAGUCACGGAAUAGCGUCGGCCCCAUGACGCUCGCCUCGUCAUCACGAGCUAACACCGGUGCGGCGAGGAGGCAGACGAUGGGGAUCAUGCCAACCAUGAUGGAUGACGGCGAGGGAGGAGGGAGGCGGAGUAGGAAGGGGGAGGGGAGAGAUCGUGGAGCGUCAUGA